AUGGCUGAUGGUUGGACUGAUAAUCCACAUAGGUCAUUGAUAAAUUUUAUGCUGUAUUGUCCUAAGGGAGUUUGUUUUGUGAAAUCAGUUGAUGCUUCAGAUGUUGUGAAGGAUGCUGGGACGUUGUUGAAGAUGUUUGAAGAGAUAGCUUUAUGGAUUGGACCAAAUAGUAUUGUCCAUUUUGUCUCAAACAAUGGAUCCAAUUAUAAAGCUGCUGGAAGAAUGUUGUCUGAGAAAUAUCCGAGUAUUACUUGGUCGCCCUAUGCAGCACAUAGCAUAAAUUUGGUGUUAAAAGACAUAGCGGAGAUGGAUCACAUAGUUUAUCUUGCGAGACGUGCUUCUGAGGUGACAAAGUUUGUAUAUAAUCAUACAUUCUUGAUAGCUUGGUUGAGGAAAAGACAGGGUUGGAAAGAAAUUGCUCGUCUGGGCGCAACCCGUUUUGCUACAACUUUCAUUGCAAUGAGAAGUCUUCAUGAGCACAAACAUGACUUGCAAGCCAUGGUGACAGAUAAGUCAUUUGUCAACUCUCGAUAUGCAAAAAGUAAUAAAGGCAAACAGGCUAUUGACAUAAUUCUAGAUAACGAUUUUUGGAAUGAUAUGGAUAAGAUAUCCAAAGUUGUGAGGCCAUUGAUGCGCUUGUUGUGGAUUGUUGACUCCGAUGAGAUGCCUGCAAUAGGAUAUGUGCAUGAUGACAUGUACAGAGCGAAAAAUGCAAUUAAAAAGUUGUUUAAGAAUAAAAAGAGAUUGUACAAGCCUUAUACACGAAUCAUUAAACUAUGCUGGGAUAGGACGUUGCGCUGUGAUAUCUAUGCUGCGGCUUAUUAUUUGAAUCCUGCCUUUAAAUAUGACGAAACAUCUUUUUGCUCCAAGCCAGAAGUCAUGAGUGGUUUCCUUGAUCCUAUUGAUAGUAAAGCAAGUGCGUUCAAUUUGAACAAGACAAGGUUAAUGGAAGAGAGUAGAUUAUAUUCAAACCAGGAGGAAAACUUUUCUCGUGGGCUUGCUCUUGAAACCGCCAAAACCACACGUCUUGAUAAUGGUGAUGGUUAUGAUAAUGGUGAUUAUGAUGAUGAAUUUUGA